UAAUUUGCGACGUUUUGACGGAAUUUUACGACAUUUACCGGCUUCAACUCGAUUCAUUGGAACAUUUUCAACAUGGCUAAGACGGUUUAUCCCCAAGAGAGUAUCUACAAUUUUUUACCUGAGGUGGUUCACACUGAAAAGCCAAAGUACAAGUCCAAGUUUAGGCCAGCAAUUCCCCUGGAGGACAAGGUGCCCAAGAAUGCAAUGAAAACUAUGGGCCCAGCAAAAAUGGAGACCCCAUCGCCCGAUAAAUACCUCAAAAAGCAUUCCAAAGAGCCCAAACUGCCUGAAAAAAAAGAGCGUCCUCAUCGCAUGUGCACUGCAAAGAAGCCAAGCGUCCCCUUGAGGUCCAAACAGCCGCCCGUGGGCCUUCACACGGGGAGAAACUCCAUCAAGACCACAACGGCACCCGUGCAGACGAAACCGCUGGCAGCUUCUGUUGACACCAACCGAGGCCACAAGGAGCUCCUGGAACAUUCUGGACUGGUCCCCAAGUACGUCAAGAAAAAGGGUUACGGCCAGGUGCCCCAGUACCUGCAGCAUCGCGGCGAGGGAGUGCAAAGAGCUGUGGAAGAGUACAACGACUACAUGAAGGAGCAGAUGGAGCGAGGCGCCAUGAGGCAGCUGUCAGACGAGGAGCGACAGGCCAACCUGGAGAGCCUGAGGAGGACCUUGGCCGAGCUGCAGGACAAGUACCGGCGUCUGCCGGUGGUCGUGGACACGUUGAUGAGGAAGAGUCGCAAGCUGCAACUGGAGGCAGAAAUGAAGCAGCUGGAGAGCGACGUGGGCCUUUUUGAGAGGUUCAAGACCAUUUACAUCGCCAAGUAGCAAAGACCUGCGCCGAGGCCCGGUAAUCCCAAUUGGGCUCAGCGCUACAUUUUGCACCUUCAGGCUUCAUGGCAGUGUCGCUGAGGAUUUUGGGGAAAAUGCCAAUCAAAAUGUCUUGGCUUUUCUCUUGGCCCCAAGCCUCAGCCCUUUGCAAAAUUUUGUGGAAAUUGGUGGUGUCGGUUUUCUGCUCAUCCUGCUAAGUAACAAGUAAACAUUGCUAAAACCGACUUCGCGGGGUGUCUUUGGAUCCUUAAAAUGGACGGAUUUAAUUUGAGCUCCCAAAAUGUAUGCCUGAAAUAUCUUGAAAAUUACACUUCAUCUUUAA